AUGUCUUCCCCAGCCGUUCUCGCUGCAAAAGCCGCUCUCACCAGUAUCGACCUUUCCGGUUAUGAUCCCGUUCAGUCCAAGUUGAUGGACGAAAGAUGUAUCUUGGUCGAUGAGGAUGACAAUGCUCUUGGAGCUGUGGAUAAGAAAACAUGCAAGUCGUGCCAUCUAAUGGAGAACAUUAACAAAGGUCUCCUCCAUCGCGCGUUUUCGGCUUUUGUGUUUCGGCCUUCAGAUGGCAAGCUCCUUCUCCAAAAACGCGCUCCCGAAAAGAUCACAUUUCCGGAUAUGUGGACAAAUUCCUGCUGCUCGCAUCCGUUAGACGAUUUUGAAGCAGAAAAGAUCGAGAAAGAUCAACUAGGUGUUCGGGUCGCUGCAUCAAGGAAACUAGAACAUGAACUUGGAAUCCCACAGAGUCAAACCCCUGUAGACGAGUUCCAAUACCUCACACGUAUACACUACCUGGCUCCUUCGAAUGGGAUGUGGGGUGAGCAUGAAGUGGAUUAUAUUCUUUUCAUCACUGCCGAUGUCACUGUUACACCCAACGAGAACGAAAUAUGCGACCAUAAAUAUGUCGACAAGGCAGAAUUACAGUCAAUGUUCGAGGAGACAGGUAAUUUGUUCACGCCUUGGUUCAAGCUCAUCGCUCGUGACUUUCUCUUCGGAUGGUGGGACGAACUCUUACUCCGUAAAGGUGCUGAUGGCAAAGUCUCCGCCAAGAGUCUAGCAGGUAUCGUAGAUGGAUCCAAAGUGGUGAAGAUGGUGUAA